UGACUUGUGACAUUUUACGCCGUUUGCGGUGGUUUGCGGCAUAAGUAGGGUGUAUUGUUAAAUUUGCGAGAAAUUUUCUAAUUUAUUGCUUUUCUCGUGUAUUUUCUACAAGAAAUUGUGUAAAAAAAGUGGAAUUAUUUAUUAAAAGAUGAGUUUCCAACUCGGACAAGCUACAACAACUGCCGGCAGUGCAUUUGGCACAAAUACUGCAUCAGGGUCACUGUUUGGGGGUGGAGAUGCUUCAAAAUCUUUUCAAGCUGGAGCCACAGACAGCAAAACAAAUCUGUUUAGCGGGCAAGCAACCUCAGCAUUUGGAGGUUUUAAUUUUGGAGCAAAAACAACAGCAUCAACUGGUCUAUUUUCUUCAGCACCUGCUACUACUAGUGGUAGCCCAGCAUUUGGGUCAAGCAAGCCACUAGCAUUUGGUGCAUUCAACGCUCCGCCCGUACAAACAGUUGGAAGCCCAGGAUUUGGGCAGCCUGCAAAACCGGCAAAUGCAACAGAGCAACCGCCAGCUUUUGGUGCGAGCCCACAAGCAGCACCUGCCUUUGGCUCCCCUGCUACACAAGCAACAUCUUUGUUUGGUUCUCCAUCUGGACCUAGCUUCGCAUUCGGCAAAACUGGUGGUGGUUUCUCCACACCAGCGUCCGGUUUUUCAGCGCCACAACCCUCUACAGCAACAACAUCGUCAGCCCCGCAAACAACACAAGCUUUUGGUCUAAGCACAACAACCACACAAGCCUCAGCAGCACCUAGCUUCGGGCAAGGCUUCGGUGCUAAGACCUUUAGCUUCGGAUCGGCUUCUGCCGCUGCUACCAGUGCAGCACCAGCUUUUGGCACAUCAACAGCAUCUCCAGGAUUUGGGUUUGGUCAAACACAGCCUACUCCACAACAACAACAACAACAACAACAAUCGCAACAACAACAACAGUCGCAACAACAACUACAACAACAACAGCAGCAGCCACAACAACAAACUGGCUUAAACCUGUCCCAGGGACAGUCUGCAUUUGCUUUUGGAAGUCAAUCUUCAUCUGGAUUUGGAAGCAGCCAGCCUCUUAGUUUCGGAUCUACUCCGCAAGGUUUCGGAACAACUCAACCACCCACUUUUGGAUCAACUCAAGUCCAACCACCUUCUUUCGGAUCAACCCAACCACAAACAUCCCAAGCGACUUUUGGAACAACCCCAGCUUUUGGCACAACUCAAACCACCCAAGGACUCACAACUCAAAUUACUCAAGCAACUCAACUAUCGUUUGGCUCAACUCCACCAACUCAAACAUUUGGAACAACUACAGGAGCUCAAUUUGGGGCAUCUACAGCUCAAAAUCUCGGCGCGACUUCAACACCGCCUGCUUUUGGGACAGCAACUCAAAGUCUUGGUGCGACAUCAGCACCACCAGCGUUUGGCACCGCAACUCAAAAUCUUGGAGUAACUUCGUCAACUCAAGGUUUUGGAGUAACUUCAUCAACUCCAGCGUUCGGAGCGGCAACAACUCAAGGUCUAGGGACAACUUCAACAACUCCAGCUUUCGCCACACCGCAGACUAGUAUAAGUUUCGGCGCAAAACCUCAGACAAGUCAACCGUUGAGUUUUGGGACAACCCCAUCUUCGUUUGCAACAACAACUCAACCAGCCUCAACUUUGUCAUUUGGCACAACUCAAUCUCAACCAGUAUCAUUUGGGACUACGGCUCAAACUACUCAGGCGGCGACGCUAAGCUUCGGCUCAGCUCAGACUAGUCAAGCGACUAGUUCGACAACUGCAGCUGGAUUUGGAUUUGGGACGUCGACGGCUAGUACUACAUCAAGUGGACUCGGUUUCGGAACUGGACUAUCUUUCGCGAAACCGACUACGGCCGCUACGUCAGGAACUACAUCCUCCACAGCGCCCUCGGGUAUAACAGCGUUGGGAAAGUCCACUGCCACUACUAUGCCCACACUUAGCACCAUCACCACUACAACUACAGCGGCGGCGCCCCCUGCAGCAAUUUCAUCAAUAACAUUCGCUCAACUGGAGGAAAGCAUCAACAAGUGGACGCUGGAGCUUGAGGAGCAAGAGAGGACCUUCAUCAACCAGGCCACGCAGAUCAACGCGUGGGACAGACUCCUAGUGGCCAAUGGAGAGAAGAUUCUAGAACUGAACGACGCAGUGGAAACAGUGAAGAACGAACAAACUGGGUUGGAGCAUGAGCUAGACUUUGUAUUAGCUCAACAAAAGGAGCUGGAGGCAUUGCUGGUGCCGCUGGAAAAGCAGCUGCAAGAAGACCCUGGAGACAGGAUGAGAGACCCAGAGAGGGAACACAUGUAUUCACUAGCAGAGACUUUAGACACACAACUACGUCAAAUGUCCGAAGACCUGAAAGAAGUUAUUGAACAUCUCAAUGAAACUAAUAGAAGUCAAGAUAGCAAUGAUCCAAUCGUGCAAAUCGGGCGUAUACUAAACGCUCACAUGUCCUCGAUGCAGUGGAUAGACAACUCCAUAGCGCAGAUCUCCACUAAACUGGACACGCUCAAGGCCACGCACGACACGCUGCGGCGCGACAACGAGAGAUCGUUCCAGCUCACUUACAAUUAGACGUCCUUCCAACUUACAAUUAUUUAUUAGACUCAAUCUUAGGUUGAGAUCUAUAAAGCGCACUUUGACCUUGCUUAGACUUAAGACACUAUUAAAACGAGACAGCGCUUAUAAUACUGCUAUCAUAAAACCGUCUCGUUUUAACUGAAGCUUAAGUCUUAGCAAAGUCGAAGUACGCUUUAUAGAUCUUAGAGUAUGUAACUAAAAAGCGAUUAGUGCGUUCGUGCACUCAUAAAACGUACGUACGCGUCUCAUUCGUUUCGUGAUUUGACGGAUGCGUCAAAAUACGAAUCCAAUGAGUGCACUGGAUGUGCACACAUGGAGAGAUUAGAGUGGUACACAAAAGCUUCUGGCAUAGAAUAGUGUGCCAAUUAGCUGGAAUUUGUUAGUAAAGUGAAACAGUGGAUAAAUAACUCCAUAGCACAUAUUGAUCUUUACUAAACUGGAAUGUUUCGACGCAUAUCGCCAAAAACGCAAAAUGCCAAGUUUUUUAAAUAAAGUUUUUGAUCCGCCCGGC